AUGGAAUCAUUAUCAAUUCAUGAUAAUUCAUCAGGUGUUAAAUCAACAAAAAAAACAUUUAAUAAUGCAUUUCAUUCAUGGUUAGGGUCUAUUCAUAGUCCAAGUAAUCCAAAGACAAGUGAUGGUAAAGAACCAAGUGUGACAUUGUCACCAAGUCAUGUUUUGGGAUUCAGAUCACAUGAUAGUAGAAAUAAUCUAUUUAAAAUUGAUCAAGAUCAUGUUGUUUAUCCAUCGGCUGCUUUGGGUGUAGUUCAAAAUACAAAGACUGGUGAACAAAAGUUCUUUAAUCAACAUACCGAUGAUAUUGUUGCAUUGACCAUUCAUCCAGACGACCAUAAUAUUAUUGCAACUGGUCAACUUGGUAAAGAGGUGAUUAUAUACAUUUGGAAUGCCAAAGAUCUAUCGGUGAUCGCUAAAUUGUCAGCUGGCAAACUACAAGGUGUUGCAUCACUCUCCUUUUCACCCAAAGAUGGUAAAUACUUGUUGGCUGCUUUCAGAGACGACAAAUCAACCAUUCAACUUUGGGAUUGGAAGAAACAGACAAUGAUCAAAUCUGAAAUCAACUCUUAUCGUGUAUUUAGUGCUAGAUUCUCUCCUUUUAUAACAAGUAAAAAAGACCUAUCAUUUGUUAGUUUUGGUGAAAAACAUAUUAAUUUUUGGACUAUUGAUGGUAGUGAUGCUACAACAGCUGCAGCUGCAUGGACCAAGAAAAAGGGUAUUUUAGGUACAUCUAAUACUAUCUCGGCUAUUCAUAGUUAUUUACCAUUGUCACCUAGCACUACAGUGUUUGGUGCAAAUGAUGGAACGAUUCUUGUGAUGGAACAAGUCAAUAUCGCUCAUAUCACAAAGUCUGCUUACAAUGGACCAGUCAUGUCGCUGUGCAAGGUGACUGACCAGAUUUAUGCGUCUGCAGGUGAUGGAAAGGUGAGUUUCUGGUCAUCGACAGAUCACACAAGCACCACCUAUCACGGACACGCUCAGAUCGUCAUCCCAGAUGUCAGUUCAUCCACUCCUAUCCGUUCGCUGAGAGUUGCCGAUGGAAACAUACUAGUCGGUACACAAACAAGUGAUAUUGUCAUUAUCUCAUUCAAUGAGCAAGAACCACAAUUCCAAUCCAUUGCACAUGGUCAUGGUGGAGAUGUAAACUGUGCAUUCUUUGCUAAUAACGGCGAGUUGGUAACUAGCUCUGCCGACGAGACUGUACGCAUCUGGAAAAAGAAUGGGUCUACUUGGGAGCAAGUUGAAAAGAUAAAGGUUGGAGGUCCAUCUGAAUCAGUCACCUUAUCACCUGACACUAAAACUAUUGUUGUCGGUUUAAAUAAUGGUUAUAUUCAAGUAUAUAAACGUCAAGACAGCGGUGCUGUAGCUACAUUUAUUCAAGAAGUAUUGAUUUCAAAAGAUGCAAAGAAAAUAAGUGUAUUAAAGUUCUCACCUGAUGGAUCUAGAUUGGCAAUUGGUAGUCACAAUGAUGAUAUUGUUCUUGCUAACCUAAAUGUAGAUGGUAAAUUGGUUGAAAAGUUUACAACUUGCUCAGGUCACAAGAGUGCUAUACUCCACAUUGACUGGUCUGUUGAUGGAAACUAUCUUCAAUCCAAUUGUGAAGCAUACGAGCUUUUAUUCUGGGACGCUAAAACAAGUCUUCAAAUCACUCAAUCUCAUACACUCAAAGACACUGAAUGGGCAACUUGGAGUUGUAAGCUUGGAUGGCCAGUCCAAGGAAUAUGGAGUAAAGGUGAAGAUGGAUCAGAUAUCAAUAGUGUCUAUAGAUCAAACUCUCAAGAUUUACUUGUUACUGGUGAUGAUACAUUUAAUGUUAAUUUAUUUAAAUAUCCUGUCAAUAAUGAAAAUACAAACAAAAGAAUUUACAAAGGACAUUCAUCACAUGUUACAUCUGUUAUGUUUUCAAAGGAUGAUAAAUACAUUGUAACAACUGGAAGUGGUGAUAGAACCAUUAUUAUUUGGUCUGUACAAAACCAAUGA